GGUGAGAGCGAAAAAUUCGAAGCUGGGUGGGACUUCAGUCCACGGAUUUGCUAUAGAAUUAAUUAAGUAAUGAAGAUUUCCUGUUCGACUACCUUCGCAAGUUUAGCUGAAUCUUCAAUCCAUUGUCUUUCUAAUCAAUGGAAACCGUUGUCUCCUUUGAAAUCCACGGAGAAACCAAUUCCUAAGAUUCUACUCUUUGGUUACCGCAAUUUGUCCCUCCGACAGCCACCCCGGCGUUCGAAUUCCCGGUUCCAAAAUGGGUUUCGCCCACUUUGCUUCUUCAAUGCUAAAGAUGAAUCCGGCGGCGAUUUUCAGCAAAAGGGAAAUGGGGCGGGAUGGCCUAUCUUGAGGCGAUGGGAGGUGCCAUGGGGAUGGCAAACAGUUUCAUUAACUUCAUUAGCUUGUGGAUUGAGUUUCAUUGUGACAGGAUUGGUUGAAUCUGCUGCCAUACCUUAUCUUGGUAUUCGCAUUGAAGAGCUAAGCUUAGACGAGAAGGCUGAAAUACUUUUCCUCGACCAAGGCAUUACGACUGUGGCUGUUCUUGGGAUCUUAUACAGUAUUGCCAACACUUUCCAACCACUUCCUGAAGACUUGUAUCGCUAUGAUGUGAGGGACCCUCUGAAUCUGCAGAAGGGCUGGCUCUUAUGGGCAGGAGUGGGUCUGGCUGGUGCCCUGGCUUCUAUUGCAGCGACAGGAGCUGUCUUGUCUUCAUUUAACGGUGGGAGUCCUGAAAGAGAGACAGACGCUCUAGUACGCUUGCUUCCACUAAUAGGAUCUUCCAGCAUCAGCACUGCUUGUCUAGUGGGAAUCGCAGGUGUUCUUGCUCCAGUUCUUGAAGAGACUGUGUUCCGGGGAUUUUUUAUGGUGUCUCUUACCAAGUGGGUUCCUACGCCUAUUGCCAUUCUAAUCAGCGCAGCUGUAUUUGCCCUUGCACAUCUCACUCCUGGCGAGUUUCCUCAGCUCUUUGUACUUGGAACUGCUCUCGGACUUUCGUAUGCUCAAACUCGCAACCUCUUGACCCCCAUCACCAUACAUGCUUUGUGGAACUCAGGCGUCAUUUUGCUCCUCACCUUCCUUGCGCUCCAAGGCUACGAUAUCAAGGAAUUGCUGCAGACAACAUAGUCGAACCUGUGGUUUCUUCUGCUAAAAACUCAGAAUCUGUGCCACAGAAUAGGCUGUUAAAAGCUACAUUUUUAGCAGUAAACUAGUUGAUUAAAUGAGCUUAUUAUAGCUGUUUAUCACUGCUUUUUCCACUAUGUUUUUAGCCAGAUUCUUAGAAACAUCAGAGCUGGUGGUGUAAUUAGGAUAAUAUAAGAACAGACCAUAAUGUAAUUUCCUUAAGUGUGAUUAAGCGUAUUAAUUAUGUAUUAAAAAGAGGCAUGGAAGGCUGUGCGUUGUAAUUAAAAUAAA